AUGUGUUGCAACUACGGGAACUCCUGUGGCUAUGGCUGCGGAUGUGGCUAUGGAACUGGCUAUGGCUGUGGCUAUGGCUCUCGUUGUGGCUGUGGCUAUGGCUCAGGCUGUGGCUGUGGCUAUGGCUCAGGAUGUGGCUGUGGCUACAGCUCAGGAUGUGGCUAUGGCUAUGGCUCCCGUUGUGGCUGUGGCUAUGGCUCCCGUUAUGGCUGUGGCUGUGGCUCAGGCUGUGGCUGUGGCUAUGGCUCAGGAUGGGGCUGUGGAAAAGGCUCCUGCUGUGGCUAUGGAUAUGGCUCUGGCUCUGGCUGCUGUGGCUACCGGCCAUUUUGCUACAGAAGAUGUUAUUCUUCUUGCUGCUAG